GCUAUAGGAAACCAAUGGAGUUGCUGCUGAGCCUAGUGAACAAGCACUGGACAGGGGAGAGGCCUCUGCACCAUGACAACAACUUCCUCUCUCAGGCAGUCCAGAUCCUGUCCAUGAUGGAACGAGAUGUCUCCGGUGGAGAAGCAGAGGUCAGGACGUUGAGAGGGAACGUUGAAGAGCUGAAGGAGCAGGCUGAGAUACGAGACCAAGACCACAGGACAGAGACCCAGAGACUAACUACACAGCUGGAGGAAGCACACAUGUCUGUUGACAGUUUGAAUGAGCAGCUGAGGAUACUAUUGGAGGAUAACGUCUCUCUACAGAAGCAGAUGAUCAGAUUAGAAAAACAAUAUCUCAACUCUAUGAUGAAAAGUUCACCCAACACUGAGAUAUGUGAGAAACAGGCAGAGGUGGAUGAGCUGAGGAAGAAGGUAUCAGAGCUGAGGGAGAAGGUUGAGGAGGGGGAGAGAGUCAAGAAGCUGGCAGGUAUGCUGCAGGAGAACCAUAGGUCACUGGUUGCGACUAAUGAGCAUUUGCUGAGUGAAUUGGAGAGGACUGGGAGACGGCUCUGAGGAGCAACACGUCACAACUACAACAACUAGAGAACUGGAGGAGACUAGGAGACGGCUCUGAGGAGCUACACAUCACAACUAGAGAACUGGAGGAGACUAGGAGACGGCUCUGAGGAGCUACACAUCACAACUAGAGAACUGGAGGAGACUAGGAGACGGCUCUGAGGAGCUACACAUCACAACUACAACAACUAGAGAACUGGAGGAGACUAGGAGACGGCUCUGAGGAGCUACACAUCACAACUAGAGAACUGGAGGAGACUAGGAGACAGCUCUGAGGAGCUACACGUCACAACUAGAGAACUGGAGGAGACUAGGAGACGGCUCUGAGGAGCAACACGUCACAAGUAAAGAACUGGAGGAGACUAGGAGACGGCUCUGAGGAGCUACACAUCACAACUAGAGAACUGGAGGAGACUAGGAGACGGCUCUGAGGAGCAACACGUCACAACUAGAGAACUGGAGGAGACUAGGAGACGGCUCUGAGGAGCUACACAUCACAACUACAACAACUAGCAGGCCCACAACUACAACACCAGGGCCACAUUCCGUAGGUAAACGUUAUGGAACAUUGCAAAUAGAAAUGUCAUGAAUAGAGCCAAUUUCUUACUCUACAUGAUGUCAGAGAGGAAUGUUUGUUCUACAUUUCUAUCUGAACGUUCCAGAACGUUGUCCUGCUGAACGAGCACCAGCAGCAGAUUCUCUUAUUUUAGCUCUAUAUACACUGCUGCCAACAUUUACACUGUUCUUCUGAUGCUCCGGGAUUAAUGUUGAGCAUGAAAACUUGUCUCUAACUCUGAUCUCAUUUUUUACUUCUGUGUAUCGUUAUGGUUUUACUGUGUCCACUAUCCACACCUUUACACUGUUCCUUACUGACUGUAUCCACACCUUUACACUGUUCCUUACUGACUCUAUCCACA